AUGACCAAUAAGGAGCAGCAGCUACUGACUGUAUCAUGUCUUCCUUUACAGGGAGAGACCAGGAAAGACGGGUUCCCUGGAAACUCAAGCCAGAAGGGUGACCAGGGUGUUUCUGGUUCACCAGGUCUGGAUGGUAUUCCUGGACAGAAGGGGGAGGCAGGAUCAAACGGGUCUAAGGGGAUCGAUGGAGCAAUGGGUGAGAAGGGACCAGCUGGGGAGCCUGGUGCAGAGGGGAAACCUGGGAUAAAUGGUUUGAAAGGAGACUCAGGUCCUAUUGGCCCCAAAGGUGAUCAAGUGGAGAAAGAGGGACUCAAGGGAGAUCAG